UGUUCGGUCCAAAAGAUUAUAUAUCACGCGGUGGCUGUGACUCUUACAUUUCAACUGAAAAUUACUCUCCACUCAAGUAAAAGUAAACAAACUUCGAGAGAUUAAAUUCAAGAAUCGCGAUAACUGCCAAAAAAAAAUUUCAAUUGGAGUUCAAUUCAGAUCGAACUUUCUACUUUUGGAGAGAAAGGAAAAUUAAUUAAGAUUUUUGAAGUGUUUAUUGUAAAAGUUCAAUGGCAAGGAUCAAACCUCAAGCUCUAUUGCAACAAAGCAAGAAGAAGAAGGGACCAAGUCGAAUCAGUGUUGCUACCACUGUAAUUUACGGCAUCGUGGUUGUUGGCAUGGUGCUUUUCAUUUUUGCCACCUGCAGAUACUGGUCUAAAAGGUCAAAACUUCACAUGGAGGAUACAUUAUCAGCUGUAGAGCACGAUAAUUCCUUUGGCGAUAGCCGUGAUACAAAGAAAGUUGACAUUCCUAGAUAUGCUGUGAUAAGUACCUCAAAAGGCUCAAUAACUGUGGAACUUUACAAGGAAGGUUCUUCUCCUGAAGUUGUCGAGAAAUUUGUUAACUCAUGUUUGAAGGGGCGCUUUAAAGGAAUGUUCUUUAACCGUGUAAUAAAGAACUUUGUCAUUCAAGGGGGUGAUGAUGAUAGUGUUGGAACGACUGAAGAUUGGACUUCAAAGGGAAAGCAUUAUAGUCAACUUGAUACAAGCCUGAAGCAUGAAGCUUUUAUGCUGGGCACAUCUAAGACAAAACGUGAUGGGGGCAGAUUCGAUCUUUUAAUUACAACUGCACCAAUUCCAGACUUGAACGAGAAAGUUAAUGUAUUUGGACGUGUCAUCAAGGGAGAAGAUGUUGUACAGGAAAUUGAAGAGGUGGACACAGAUGAGCAUUAUCGGCCCAAAACUCCAAUAGCUAUCAUCGAAGUGACUCUGAAACGGAAAAUUUAGAAGAUGUAAUGUUCCUCUGACAGGAUCUCAUGUCACACAACAAAAACAUUUAAUGCUGAAGAAAGAAAGCCUCUUUACGAGUGUUGAUUUGUUGCCUCGGCUUUUUCACUUGAGAUUUCUUGUUUCUUUUAUAUUAUACCACAUGCAGCUUCGAGUUCUGAUAGGAUAAAGCUUGAUUUUACCCUGUUUGUAUAAUUUACUUCGAUUUUUCCACACAUUUUGCUUCAGCCAUCAGAAUUUUUAUGUUAUAGAUUAUGUCGUGAUAGGCGGUUAAUAUACCAGAUAGUCUUCAGAGAAAUUCAUUGAUAUCCAGUACUAUCAUGUACCUGUUUUGAGACAUUGAGAGACAUUUUUGUAUUUA